AUGAGCAUCGCCGCGUCGCCCUCCAUCUGCAUGGGCCGUAAAAGAACGAUUGCCACAUCGCCGAUCGUCUUCUCACCCACCGGUGUGCCGGCUGCCAAGAAGUCGAGGACCCUGAAGAAGCCCCUCAACACGUUCAUCUCGUUCGACCAGUUCAAGCAGAUGCCACUCGACAUCUGGUUGUUGCUGAUGAACGUGCUCAGCCCGCCCGAACUCCUGAACUUGGCGCACUCGCAUUCCUUCUUCAAGGAGUUGAUCACCAAGUCUCCAAAGCGAUGGGGCACCCUGAAGGAGUGCACGAAGGCCGACCUAACAUACAGCCUUUUCUCUGUUGAGGCAAAGAUGUACAAACUGACGCGCAGCGGGGCGGACUGGUGGCCGGAAGAGAAAUAUCUGCUCGCAUACGGUGAUGAAUACGGCUUCAAGCGCGAACUGGACCGCGGCUAUCCGCCGUACGAAGGCCGACGGUGCCACCAUGUGUCGCCAGACGUGGAUCGCGAGCCUCCGGCCGUCGAAGACCUCCAGAUACUGCUCAACAACGCGACUUUUGAUCAAUUUGGAUUCGGCAGCGGCUGGCCGGUGCCCGAGGCCGAGAAGUACGAGAAGGCGCCCUACAUUCGAGCUCAAACCGCGAUGCUGCCGAUCGAGGGCCCGAAAGAAGAACUGUGCCGCCAGAUUGCCACGACAAAGCCGUACUGUUUGGCUGUACACUCCAGCCCGGGCGAGGCUGGUGGUGAACUCCGUUCUACGAUUAACGAUGUGGUGAUGCUGAUGCCGGACUUGAAGAAGCUGUGGGUCCACCUUGGCCGUGAGAUCUGCGAGUCUGAGUGCCUCGUCGACGUGAAGAUGCCCACCAUCGUCGUCUACAUGGCGCUGAUGAAAGAAGUGCCCGGCGCCAAAGACGAUUACUACAAAACGUACGAGCCAGACGUCGCGCUGCGCGAGCAGUUCUACCACACACUGGUGCCCACGUUGCAGACCAUGAUCCUGCAAUGGGCGAAGCGGGAACGCGAUAUUGACCACGUCGUGGUGAACGCGCUGCGGACGGCUGCCGGAGAAGACACGUACAUCACAUCGGACGACUGCCCGGAAAUUCUUCGAGAGCUCCGGAAGCUGCCAGACAAGCUGUGCGAGGGGCACGUCGACCUUCACCGUAUCCUUAAGCAAAGGGGAACUUGCCUGAUCCGGCGCGAGCCAUUCAGCAACGAGGGUCUCCUCGUCACUACGCAAGGGAGCAGCAUCAUCCUCAUCACCUGUGGCUACACAUCGCACAGACACCGCACCUGGCUCCAGUACCGGGAACAGAACAACGCCGCUGACAACAUGGGGCAGAAAAUGGAGGCGGCCCGAGAGCGGCAGUUUUGCGAUGAUCGGGAUUGGGUUGUGGAGGAGCGCUCGGUAGCGAUGCAACGCUGCGAGACCAUCGCCAACGAAUGGGUCAACAGCGACAUGUACAAGGCGACGACGACGCGCGACAUGUUUGUUGAUUGCAUGGCGUACGGCUAUAGUCGCCAGCGAGGCAGUGCUUGGCCGUACUCGCCUGACCACUCGGGAAUGCGCGCCGACCCGAUCCUGUCCGCCUACAGCGACCUGUUCAAGAACCAAAAAAAC